CCCGCUAGGUGGCUGCGUGCUGGGAGGAGAGCCCGGAGCGGGGAGCGAGGGGAGAAGAGGGGCGAGCGAGGAAGAAAAAAAAAAAAAAAAAAAAAAAAAAAAAAAAAAAAAAAAACAAGCUGCUGAAAUUUAAGCAGGGGAGGGAGCGGCAGCCAGGCAGUGCCGGGGUCGCUCCGCUCCGCCGCAGCAGGCAGCGGGGCUGCCGGCGACAGGCCGAGCCCGGGGACCCCUCAGAAGCGGGGGCUCCCCAAAUCUCCACCCGACGGCGGCGGCAGGAGGAGCCGGCCCGGCCCGGUCCUCCCUCCACUUGGCUGACCAAGGCUGGCUUAGAAGGCUUUUCCCUCUCCCAGAAAAAUGGGGACUGACAUUGAAAACCCAGUGCUGAGGAAUGUGCUCCUCAGCUUCAACUUGCUGCUGCUGGGCACCGUCCUCAAGCCUUUUGAGUGCCGACUGGAGGUGACAACAGAGCCAGCCGAGCGGCCGGCUGUGGAUGAGGAGGGUGGUCUUGCCAACUGCAGUCCACCCAUUAAAGAGCAGCCCAUGGUCUUCCACCACAUCUACAACAUCAACAUCCCCCUGGACAGCUGCUGCUCCUCCAUGCUCAAGCCUUCGGCCGAGGAGGUGAGUUCAGAAGACGACAAGCUGGCGGAGUACACGGAGCAGACCUCCGACAGCGAGAGCCAGGUCACCUUCACCCACAAGAUAAACUUGCCCAAGCAGGCCUGCAAGUGCUCCACCUCCCUCCCGUCCCUGCAGGAGCUGCUGAGCAGGAUUGAGAUGCUGGAGAGGGAGGUCUCCAUGCUCCGCGACCAAUGCAACUCCAAUUGCUGCCAAGAAAAUGCAGCCACAGGGCGCCUGGAUUACACCCUGCCGUGCAGCGGCCACGGGAACUUCAGCCUGGAGUCGUGCCGCUGCGUCUGCAGCGAGGGCUGGGCCGGCAGCAACUGCUCAGAGCCCCGCUGCCCACGGGGCUGCUCCAGCCGUGGUGUCUGCCUGGAGGGCCAGUGCGUCUGCGACAACGACUACGGCGGUGAGGACUGCUCCCAGCUCCGCUGCCCCGCCGGCUGCGGCGCCCGCGGGCUCUGCGUGGAUGGCGAGUGUGUCUGCGAGGAGGGCUUCGCUGGGGAGGACUGCUCCCAGCCCCGCUGCCCCCGUGACUGCUCGGGCAAGGGCUACUGCACCAACGGCACCUGUGUGUGCGUGGAGGGCUACGCCGGAGAGGACUGCGGGUGGUUGCGGUGUCCCAAUGCCUGCAGCGGACGUGGCAUCUGCCAGGAUGGCAUCUGUGUCUGCGAGGAUGGUUACGGAGGGCAGGACUGCUCGGCAGUGGCUCCUCCUGAAAACCUGCGUGUGACGGGGAUUAGCGACAGCUCCAUCGAGCUGGCGUGGGACAGCCCCGGGGCAGCCACCGAGUACGUCGUCUCCUACCAGCCGGCGGGGCCGGGGGGCACCCAGCUCCAGCAGCGGGUGCCUGGGGACUGGAGCACCAUCACCAUCACAGAGCUGGAGCCAGGCGUCGCCUACAAUGUCAGCGUCUACGCGGUCAUCAGCGAUGUCUUGAGCAUCCCUGUUACCGCCAAGGUGACGACCAACCUGGCCACACCGCAGGGGCUGAAGUUCAAGACCAUCACGGAGACAACCGCGGAGGUGCAGUGGGAGCCUUUCUCCUUUCCCUUCGAUGGCUGGGAAAUCAGCUUCAUCCCCAAGAACAACGAGGGCGGUGUGAUUGCCCAGCUCCCCAGCACCGUCACCACCUUCAACCAGACAGGGCUGAAGCCGGGUGAGGAGUACACCGUCACCGUGGUGGCCCUCAAGGACCAAGCCAGGAGCCCCCCUGCCUCCGACAGCGUCUCCACCCUCAUCGACGGCCCGACGCAGAUCCUGGUGCGGGACGUCUCCGACACGGUGGCCUUCGUGGAGUGGACGCCCCCGCGUGCCCGGGUGGACGCCAUCCUGCUGAAGUACGGGCUGGCGGACGGGGAGGGCGGGAGGACCACCUUCCGCCUGCAGCCCCCCCUCAGCCAGUACUCCCUGCAGGCCCUGCGCCCCGGCGCCCACUACCACCUCGCCGUCAGCGCCCUCCGGGGCGCCAACGAGAGCCGGCCGGCCCUCGCCCAGUUCACCACAGAGAUUGAUGCCCCCAAGAACCUGCGGGUGGGCUCACGGACACCCACCAGCCUUGAGCUUGCCUGGGACAACAGCGAGGCGGAGGCACACAGCUACAGGGUGGUCUACAGCACCCUAGCUGGAGAGCACUACCACGAGGUCCUGGUGCCACGGGACACCGGCCCAACUACCCGGGCCACCCUCACAGACCUGGUGCCGGGGACAGAGUAUGGCAUUGGGAUUUCAGCCGUGAUGGACAGCCAGCAGAGUGUGCCAGCGACCAUGAACGCCAGAACCGAGCUUGACAGCCCCCGGGACCUCCUGGUGACGGCCUCCACAGAGACAUCCAUCUCACUGGCCUGGACCAAAGCCAUGGGUCCCAUCGACCACUACCGAGUCACCUUCACCCCUGCCUCAGGGAUGGCCUCCGAAGUGACGGUGUCCCCAGACAAGUCACAGCUCACCCUCUCGGAGCUGGAGCCCGGGACAGAGUACACUAUCACCAUCAUCGCUGAGAGGGGACGUCAGCAGAGCCUGGAGGCCACUGUGGAUGCUUUCACAGGGGUCCGGCCCAUCACACAGCUGUACUUCUCCCAGCUGACGUCCUCCAGCGUGAACAUCACGUGGAGUGACCCGUCCCCACCAGCAGACCGCCUGGUCCUCACCUACAGCCCCCGGGAUGAGGAGGCAGCGCAGCGGCUGGCGCUCGAUGGCACCCUCAAGCACGCCAGCCUGACGGGCUUGCGGCCGUCCACCGAGUACCUGGUGUCGCUGGUGGCCGUCCAUGGCGCGGUCAGCUCCGAGCCCGUAGUGGGCUCCAUCACGACAGGGAUGGAUGCACCGAAGGACCUUAGGGUGGGCAACAUCACCCAGGACUCCAUGAUCGUCUACUGGAGCCCUCCUGUUGCUGCUUUUGACCACUACAGAAUAUCCUACCGCGCCACUGAAGGGAGGACAGACAGCGCUGCCAUUGCUAGCGAUGCCACCGAGUACAGCCUCCACCGCCUGCAGCCCGCCACCAAGUACGAGAUUGGGGUGAAGAGCGUGCGGGGCCGAGAGGAAAGCGAGGUGGCCUCCAUCACCACGUACACAGCCAUGGAUGCCCCCUUGGGUGUCACAGCCACCAACAUCACCCCCACGGAGGCGCUGCUGCAGUGGAACCCGCCGCUGAUGGACGUGGAGAGCUACGUCCUUGUGCUCACCCGCCAUGCAGUUGCAGGAGAAACAAUUCUUGUGGAUGGGACCAACCAGGAGUACCAGCUGACCAACCUUCUGCCCAGCACCACCUACACGGUCGUUAUGUACGCCACCAACGGGCCCCUCACCAGCCAGACCAUCAGCACCAACUUCACAACUCUUUUGGAUCCUCCGAGCAAUCUGACUGCAAGUGAAGUCACUCGGCGGAGUGCCCUCCUCUCCUGGUUGCCUCCCGUGGGAGAGAUUGAGAACUACGUCAUGACCUACAGAUCGACCGACGGAAGCCGCAAGGAGCUGAUUGUGGAUGCCGAGGACACAUGGAUCCGCCUGGAGGGGCUUUCUGAGACCACAGAGUACACCGUGCGCCUGCAAGCUGCCCAAAAUGCCAUGCGGAGCAGCUUCAUCUCCACUACCUUCACCACAGGUGGCCGCAUCUUUGCCAACCCUCAGGACUGCGCCCAGCACCUGAUGAAUGGAGACACGCUGAGUGGAGUCUACACCAUCUCCAUCAACGGGGACCUCGGCCAGCGGGUGCAGGUGUACUGCGACAUGACCACGGACGGGGGCGGCUGGAUUGUUUUCCAGAGGCGGCAGAACGGGCUGACCGAUUUCUUCCGGAAAUGGGCAGAUUACCGUGUCGGCUUCGGCAACCUGGAGGAUGAGUUUUGGCUGGGCCUGGACAACAUACACAAGAUCACAUCCCAGGGGCGCUACGAGCUGCGAAUAGACAUGAGGGAUGGUCAGGACGCGGCGUACGCCUACUACGAUAAGUUCUCCAUCGGCGACUCCCGGAGCCUCUACAAGCUCCGAAUAGGAGACUACAAUGGCACUUCUGGGGACUCCCUCACCUACCACCAGGGCCGCCCCUUUUCCACCAAGGACAGGGACAACGACGUGGCUGUGACCAACUGUGCCAUGUCCUACAAGGGGGCCUGGUGGUACAAGAACUGCCAUCGGACCAACCUCAACGGCAAGUACGGAGAGGCCCGGCACAGCCAGGGAAUUAACUGGUACCAUUGGAAAGGCCACGAGUUCUCCAUCCCCUUCGUGGAAAUGAAGAUGCGACCUUACAACCACCGUAACAUCUCUGGGAGGAAGCGACGGUCCCUACAGCUCUGAGCCAGCCAACCCCCACUCCCACCACCUGACCUUUUCUGUCAUUUGUUUGUAUUUUAUAAUAUGAAAAGGGGGAAAAAUACUGCUCCUCUGAGAUAGCAACCUGACCCUCACGAGUCCUGGAGGGAGCCACAGCACAAGCAAGGGCUGUGGGAGAGGAAAGACCUCACUGCUUUGCAUCUGUCCCAGAGAAAUGCCAAAUUUCCAGUCUCCUUACCCCUUACUCUGGCCCUUAACAUGAAAGGAAGGAGACCAACAGAUUUUUGAUAUUUUUGUUAAAAGACUUAGAGAACCCCAGCAAUACCCCGUCAGAUGCUUUUGCCACAGGGCUCAUGGCAGAACACUUCCCCACAGGGACCUUGGUGCAGCCAUGUCCACCCCAGAGGUGGCCAGGGCCACCCCGCCAGCUCUGCGCUACCCCACAGGCACCAGCUCCCCCAGCAGGCAGGGGGUCACCUCUCCCCCGGCAUCCUGUCCUGAGCUUUGGUUAUUGCAGGGGUCACCAGGAGGGCCUGGAAAAGGUCUGCAUACAUAGGCAAGCCACAGAGAGCCCACAGCUUGUAUGCUGGGAGGAAAAAAAAAGAAAAAAAGAAAAAAAAAAAAGAUUCUUGCAAUCUGGCAGUCUCGUUAGGGCCCGUUCCCUCUGCUGUCUCUGUAUGCCACGGUGUUGUCACUCACAGAGGUCACUGGGUGCAAACCAAAGGGCCGCAGAGAAGGACCACCAACCAAAAAACUACCACACAACCCCAGCCCAGCCCAGGUGCCGUGUCCAGGGGCCUCCAGCAAGCGGGGAAUGAUGCCAGCAGCUGAAGGAGGAUAAAUGCAAGCUGGGAAAUGCCCAGUCCCUUCCCUCUCCUACACCAUCCCUCUUUGCUGCCAUCACAAGAGGGACCCAAAUAGUGCCUUGGUAUCACCAUCUUUCUAAUGGGAGAUCAGCCCUUUCCCCUCCUUGAAGGAAGGCUUGGUCCGUUCAGACUUUGGAGCACUUGGAGACCUAUGAAAGGACAGACGUGUUCACCCUUCCCAUCCUUAAUUUCUCUCAUCUUAAGGAAGACACACACUUCAGGUAGCCUUGGUUGUGCUCUGCUGUCAUCGACACCACCUUCACAUAGCCCAAGUGUCCCCCACUCUGGAUCCACGCCUCCGCAGAGGGCUGUGGUCAAUGCUGUGCAUUGUCCCUCGGAGAAGGGACUCGUCCACACGUCCGAGGACAAUACAGCUCAUCACUGGAUUCACAGCCGGGGGAGCAUUACAAAAGCUAAACACUGCUUUUUGAUUUGAUCACACUGAAGCUGCUUUGUCUCAAGAAACAUCUUCCAGAUGGGAACAUAAAGGCAUCUUUGCAGUAGCUUAUAAUUCAGGCCAGUGUCUCUUUCAUGGUCAUGCUCCUUGGUUUGCUGACGUUACUCACCGCUGGUGUGGAGCUGAAGAAAGGCCUCCAGUAGGAAUCGCAGCCUCUUUGUGCAUCGACACAUGACCUCAGCCAAGGCCCAGGUCGGGAUCAGACACAGGGUCUGGAGCUUCAGCCGGUCAGCUUACAACCUGCCAUCUGACCACGGGGAGGAUGCUGCAGCUCACACAGAAAUGAGGCAUCUCUUCUUCCUUCCCAUCAGCAUUAUUCAGGCACCAGGUGGGGCAGCCAGCUGAGCAAGAGGAUAGGAUCUGCCGCAGGACACAGGCAGUGUCACUGAUGGCAGUAUCCCACGCCUCCUGAGCAGCCCACCCCAUUUCAGGAGCCAAAAAGCCAACAGCUGGCAGCAGGUAGAGCUGAUUAAAGGUGAAGAAGCCUCCUACUUGACCAGCACAGUAACAUUAUUCCCCACCACCAAACUUUGGUAGGUAAAAAGUGCCCUAACAAAAGCACUGCAGUGUGGUGGCUAUAACCAAGAGCAGAGACUUACAGAGGAUGGCAUUCGUCUCCUGUCUCGGUCGGUGCUGUUUGCUGAUGCACCCAGGUGAAAUGAAGAGACGUCAGUGGGAAAUCGGGAACGCGGCAUUUGCUAUCAGUGGGAAGGCAAGGAACCUCUGUUUUCAUAAGCACAAAACAAAGAGAAAAUCAAAACAUGCCUUGAUUUUCCAGGAGGCUCAAAAGAAGAUUCUCAAAGAGGCUGAUUAUUCUUUGAGCAGGUUUCCUGACAUGUGUCCCUCCCUCCCUGCUUACAUCUGUCAUCCCUCUUAAAAGUCCUGUGGCUGGGAUGAGAGAGCCCGGCUGACACCACGCCGGAUCUGACAGACGCCCUUGGAGAUAAUAUUCAACCUUCCAGUGCUAUUGUAAACCAAACAGGUUCUUUCAGAACAACAAAGGGGCCCUCACCAUUGAGAAACCCUGGCUCCUCCCUGGUUCUUCGUCUGCUCUUGCCUGCUUGGCUUCUCUCCACUGCCAUCCUGAUGGUUCAGGUACCCUUUGCCCGGGUGCUGCUGUCGUUGCAUCCCUUGUCUCACACAUGGCAGCAGGGUGCUGCCUUUCCAUUAGUUUGGUGAAGCAACACUGAAGUUGUUAAAAUCUUUGGAAAGGAAAUAUAUUUACAAGUUGCAGUUUUGUUCUCCUGGUGACAACCUAACCCAAGACCAGGCAAAUGAUCAGCAGUGAUGACCAGAUCCUCUGGGCCGUUGCCCCUCAUUCACUUUGUUCACAGACAAGAUGCAGUUUUUCAGAAAUUUAUUUUUCAUCAUCUCACAAUGAUAUAUAUAUAUAUAUAUUUUUGGACAAAGCUCCUGCCUGUGGCUUCAAGCAAACUUGUGCUUAAUGGUGAUGUUACAGAGUGGCCGGGUGACUAAGUACAGGCUCUCUGUAUCCUCCAUCACCCAGAAAAGGGCAAGCCCUUUUUUCGGAAUUCAUUCUCCAACUACAGCAACUUUGGCCCUGUCCCUCAUCAGGGUGGCUCAGGCCUGACAUCCCCAGGAAUGAAGGCUGGGUCCCGCACACUGUUCAUCUCAGAGAACAUCUCUCCAGCCCGUGGCCCAUCGCUGGGCUCUGCCCAACCAGUUUGUAUGGCCCAGGCUUGUCCCAGACCCCAGAACAAACCUGAAGCUCCUCCCCAACCCACACCGGUCCUGCAGAGCCAUCUCAGGUCCAUCACCCAGCAGAAGACCCACAGGAACUCCCAGCCUUGCAAAGCCACGUCUCACUUCUAACCCCGAAACCCCAGAAGGAAACACCAAGGAGCUUUCUCAUCUCUUGCCCAAUGUUUUUUCCCUCCAUUUCCAUCCCAGCUGACCUGAAGCUCAUCUUUCAACCAUGCACUGCUUUAAAACAUAACCAAAGAAAAAGAGGCCUGAAAGGAAAAGCUGCUUUCAGUAAAGUGAUCCUCAAGACAGUCUUCAGAGAUGGAUAACUUAGCGAAGAGGCCUCCCUGAAAAUACCUGGGCUUUGGCAGAAGGAUGCUGGAGGAGUGUCAGCACCGCACAAAGACUGGGGAGAAGCCUUUGCCUCUGCUCCUUCUCUUUGUGUUCCUUCACCGUGGGCAUUUCAAGGUGCAGCACGAGCCUAAAUGUACUCUCACCUCCUUCCCAAAGGGAUAUUUACCCCACGUGAAGCAGAGCUUAGGGCACCCUGACGGAUUCAGCAGGAGCCAAAGCUCCCACCCCUGGGGUGGCCGCACACCCCCAGCAGUGCCCGUGAGCCUUGACCCUCUCAGACACUGCCAGCAAAGAGUUCUCAUCCCCCCAAAAAACUUUAAUCCAUGCUUACACCCAUUGACCAAAGGUUCUGUCCUGGGGCCAAGCCCAGCCCCGCCAAGCCUCCCACGCACAGGUUGCACCCCCCAGGGCCCCCCCCCCCCCCCCCCCCCCCCUCCAAUCCAGCUGGUGCCCGAGUGGGGACGGUGCCAUCUCCCUGCCCCUUGCAGGGGAGAGGUCUGAGGGUACGGGGGGAAGGCUCGUCCCUGGGGAAAUGCUGCCCUCCAGGCCCCCUCGGCGCCCAGCCUGGGGGUGCGAGCCCCAAGCUCCGCGGGUGCCAGCAGCUUCUCGGAAGGACGGCGGCACUAAGACAGAGCCAGCCCAACAGAAAGCAGUCCCCUGCGUGCAGCCACCACACUGCGCUUGUGCCGAUUGCUUCAAAAAUCCAAAACCAAUGAAUAAAUGAAAACAAACAUACGCAGAUAAGAAGGAAGAAUGGAGGCAACGAAAUCCCUUGGACAGAUUCUAAUGAACUAAAACACAGACCAGUGCAGCCAAAUGAGGGGGAAGAUGAAAGCAGAUAAAUGCAUAAAGAAAAUAAAUAAAUAAUAUAUUAAACAACCCUCCCCACCCCGUAAUGAAAACGUAGCUGGGAGAAUGGGAUCGACGCUUGUUAACCAUUGUUAACUAGUAUUUUUAGUCCUGACCGCUCUUAGGCUAUGUAUAGUUCCUUUUUUUAAUGCAUUUUCUAUACAUUAAUAAAAGAUACCGAAGGAGCGA